UGCAACACGUCCGUUCGGAAAGAGCGCGCUGGUGCUGAUGCUGCGACACCUCGUAUACAGCAUCCUUUCACAGCAACAGUAUGGAUCAUGACGGCUUUUCUCAUCCGCGUCUUAUAAAACUUCUCUAUAUUUGGUUUGUUCAAUUUAAUGACCGCGUUUUACAUCGUAUGCGCAUCUUAACGUGAUCACCUCCGUUUUUAAUAUUCGUGGGAAGCGAAAACCUGACACCUAACUCUGUUUUUCGGAGUUAUGCGUUUGAAUUCAACUCAGAUUCAAUGAACUGACGCUUUUCGAUUUACUUGCAUUCUUUCUUGGCAUCACCAAAAGAAAAGCGCAGAGGGGAUUUCUGAAGUCGGGGACUGAAUUGGCUUCUAACAUCCAAGUGGAAGACAAGCUGUGCAAUGGGGCCCUUACCAUGGGAAGGGCGUCUGUCGUGUUUUCUACUCCACGUCUCUGUUCUCCUGCUGCUCAGCAAGGGGGAGAGGAUGUGCCCGGCGAGUUGCCGCUGCGAGGGCAAGAUUGUUUACUGCGAAUCUGGCGGCUUUCAAGACGUCCCGGAGAACGUCUCCCUGGGGUGCCAGGGUCUAUCCCUGCGCUACAACGGCCUCCUGGUGUUGCUGCCGUACCAGUUUGCGCACCUCAACCAGCUGGUGUGGCUCUAUCUGGACCACAAUUCCAUCGGCGCCGUGGACCGGCUGGCUUUCCGAGGCCUUCGUCGGCUAAAGGAAUUAAUCCUGAGCUCUAACAAGAUCAUGCAGUUGCAAAACAAUACUUUCGAGACCGUUCCGAACCUGCGCAACCUCGACCUGUCCUACAAUCAGCUACAGGACCUGAGGCCGGGGUAUUUCCAAGGGCUUCGCAAGCUUCAGACCCUUCACCUCCGGUCCAACAGUAUCAAAAGCAUUCCCGUUCGAACGUUUAUGGAAUGUAGAAGCCUCGAGUUUUUAGAUUUGGGUUACAAUCGCUUGCGGACUAUAACUCGGACAACCUUUUUGGGUCUGCUGAGGUUGACCGAGCUCCAUCUCGAACACAAUCAGUUUUCCAGGAUUAAUUUUUUCCUUUUUCCACGCCUCUUAAACCUGCAGGCUCUGUAUCUGCAAUGGAAUCGCAUACGGACGGUAAUCCAAGGAUCGCCUUGGACUUGGCACACCCUGCAAAAGUUGGAUCUAUCAGGCAACGAGAUUCAGGUUUUAGAUCCUGCCAUUUUUAAGUGUCUGCCCAAUUUGCACACCCUCAAUCUGGAGUCUAACAAGAUCAGCAACGUUUCCCAGGAAGUGGUUUCAUCGUGGAUCUCCAUUAGCACCAUCAAUCUGGCCGGAAACGUGUGGGAUUGCAGCUCGAGUAUCUGUCCCCUGGUGUCCUGGCUGAGAAACUUCAGAGGAACCAGAGAUGCCAGCAUUAUCUGCAGUACUCCCAAAUCCCUACAGGGAGAAAAGGUCAUGGACGUUGUAAGGAACAACUCUAUAUGUGAGGAGAUAUUUACUGUGGAACCCACCACGGAUUUAAUUCUUCUCCUGACCACGACCACGACCACUUUAUACGUGACAAAGCCACCCACUACAACCCCACCCACCACAACGAGACCACUUUCACAAGUUACCCAAAGACUCUCUCCAAAGCUUUCGUUCCCUGUUCAGUCCGACAAAGAAUUCCCACCCACGCCCACCAGCUUACCUUUCACCCCAGAGCCCGAGUUCGAGCACAUGACCUUCCACAAGAUCAUCGCCGGCAGCGUCGCUCUGUUCCUCUCCGUGUCACUGAUCCUGUUGGUGAUUUACGUCUCGUGGCGUCGGUACCCUAACAGCAUGAGACAACUCCAGCAGCACUCCAUCCGACGCAAGCGCAGGAAAAAGACUCAAGAGCCAGAGCAUAACAUCAACACCCAGCUGCAAGAAUAUUAUCUGAGCUACAACCAUGCCAAUGCAGAGACCAUGGACUCUUUGGUUAACGGGGCGUGCACCUGCACCAUCUCGGGCUCCAGAGAGUGCGAGGUAUGACCUACCGCUAAAAACGCAUUCUCUGCACCGGGGAGUCAGAGAAUGCUUAUACGUACCCCAGACCGCUACCAGGGCCGUGGCUGGGAGACAUCCACACAAUUCACUGAGGGAGGGCCGUGAGAAAACCUCUCACUGCCCACUAUAAUUCGCAGAGGUUCAGAUAAACGCCUUUCCUGGAUUUUGGUUCAGCGCAGAUUUGCGAACACAAAAGAAGCCUUAUCGAAUCUGAAAAGAAGGAAGCCGAAUGGGCGGCACGCAUCCUUUUGGAUGAAAACUCUUUGGAAAGUGGAGUGAAUACGCCAUGAAUCUCA